CAUAUAAGAACCCUAACAUUUUUAUCUCCAUUGAUCUGCAAAAUCAUUAGCAAUCUCAAUGAUCAUCUCUAUCAGCACUCCUGCAUCAUUGUAACAGAGCAACAAAUUAUCACCAAACUAUAGAGAAUUUCGACGAUCCCUAACAGACCAUCUCCUUGUAGCGUGUCAACACUUGGAAGUACAGUUUUUCGUUCAUCGUGCGUGGUGGUUAGCUUACUAGUUUCUCAACAUAAUCUUUCUUAGCGGACUGCAUAUUGUAUCACAAGUAAGAAAAUGGAACACCCUGAUGACGAUUCACAUGGUGUCGGUGAUAGCCAGAGCAAGCAAGACGAUGAGGUAUCUCGCCGUGAAGAGUUAAAGAAGUCGUUGUUAGCAAAGUUGGCUCUUCGUCAAACUAAUUUAUAUCCCGAAAGACCUGACGCCAGCACGUUACGGACAUUGGACUCUAGCAUCAAGCGUAAUACAGCAGUCAUUAAAAAACUUAAGCAGAUCAAUGAAGAACAGCGUGAAAGUUUGAUGGACGAGUUAAAAAAUGUCAACUUAAGCAAAUUUGUUAGUGAAGCAGUGGCUGCAAUCUGUGAUGCCAAGUUAAAAAGCUCAGACAUACAGGCUGCAGUUCAGGUCUGUUCAUUGCUUCAUCAAAGAUACAAAGACUUUUCUCCAACCUUGGUCCAAGGGCUUACGAAAACCUUCUUUCCCGGUAAAUCUACGGAUGACGUUGACGCAGACAGAAACUUGAAGGCUAUGAAGAAACGCAGUGCGUUAAAACUUUUAUUGGAACUGUUUUUCGAUGGAGUUAUAGAUGAUGUUACUAUUUUUGUGGCUAUUAUUAAGGAUCUUGCCAGCUUAGACCACCUAAAAGAUAGAGAUACAGCUCAUACAAAUUUGUCUCUUCUCGCUAGUUUUGCUCGACAGGCGAGAUAUUUUAUUGGACUUCCGCAUGCCGGAGAAGAACUCGUUGAAGAGUUUUUUAAGGGGCUCAAUAUCACUUCAGACCAGAAAAAAGUCUUCAAAAAGGCAUUUCAUACGUAUUAUGAUGCUGCAGUUGAGCUACUCCAGUCUGAACACAGUUCCCUGCGUCAACUGGAGCAUGAGAAUGCAAAGAUUUUGAAUGCUAAAGGUGAGCUUAGCGAAGAAAACGCUUCUUCAUAUGAAAAACUUAGGAAGUCUUAUGACCAGCUGUACCGAGGUGUCUCUGCUUUAGCAGAAGCCCUUGAUAUGCAACCGCCUGUGAUGCCAGAGGAUGGUCACACAAGGCUAACGACAUGCGAUGAUACGUCAUCUUCUGGUACCGGAAAAGAGGCCUCGGUCGCUGAAGCAUUGUGGGAUGAUGAAGAUACCAAAAGCUUCUAUGAAUGUUUACCUGAUCUCAGGGCAUUUGUUCCUGCUGUAUUAUUGGGAGAAACAGAUCAAAAAGGGACCGAUCAAUCAUCAAAAGCACAAGACCAACCAACUCAAAUUAAACUUAUGCAGGAUUCAGCACCUGAGCCCGACCAAGGUCCCGGUGCCACCCAUGACACUGCAGAGACUUCCGCAGAUGCUGCGGUUUUACCGGAAUGUAGAAACGAAAAAAGAAAGGAUGAAGACGAAAAGGAUAAAGGAAGUACAAAGGAAUCCGAAAAAGAUAAAGGAAAAGAAAAAGAUGGUGAGAUUGAGAAGGAGAAGCUUAGAGGUCCUGAAGGAACCAACUUGGAUGGUUUGUUGCAGAGGCUUCCUGGCUGUGUGAGCCGUGACCUUAUUGACCAGUUGACCGUGGAGUUUUGUUAUUUAAAUUCGAAAUCUUCCCGCAAAAAGCUUGUUAGAGCUUUGUUUAACGUGCCCAGGACAUCUCUGGAGCUACUACCGUACUACUCACGCAUGGUUGCCACGUUAUCAACUUGUAUGAAGGAUGUGCCUUCGAUGCUUUUGCAGUUGUUAGAGGAAGAGUUCAACUUCCUUAUCAAUAAGAAGGAUCAAAUGAAUAUCGAGACAAAGAUCAGGAACAUUCGAUUCAUUGGAGAGCUUUGCAAGUUUAAGAUCGCACCGGCUGGGCUCAUUUUCAGUUGUCUAAAGGCGUGUUUAGACGACUUUACCCAUCAUAACAUAGAUGUUGCAUGCAAUCUUCUUGAGACAUGUGGCAGAUAUCUUUACCGGUACCCCGAUACUAACGUACGAAUGGCAAACAUGCUAGAAAUCCUCAUGCGGCUAAAAAACGUCAAGAAUUUGGAUCCCCGACACAGCACCCUUGUCGAAAAUGCGUAUUAUCUCUGCAAACCGCCUGAACGGUCUGCACGGGUCUCUAAAGUCCGUCCUCCUUUGCAUCAGUAUAUCAGGAAGUUACUUUUCUCAGACCUUGACAAGUCAUCAAUUGAACAUGUACUGAGACAACUCCGUAAGCUACCUUGGGCUGAAUGUGAACAGUAUCUGUUAAAGUGCUUUUUGAAGGUUCACAAAGGAAAAUACGGUCAAAUUCACUUGAUUGCUUCACUUACUUCCGGAUUGAGUCGCUACCAUGAUGAGUUUGCAGUUGCUGUAGUCGACGAGGUUUUGGAGGAAAUUCGACUAGGAUUGGAGUUAAAUGAAUAUGGGAUGCAACAACGACGACUUGCUCAUACGCGGUUCUUAGGCGAGCUAUACAAUUAUGAACUUGUGGAUUCUUCAGUUGUUUUCGAUACGUUAUAUCUGAUUCUCGUUUUUGGUCAUGGUACAGAAGAGCAAGAUGAGCUUGAUCCACCCGAAGAUUGCUUUAGAAUCAGACUGAUUAUCACACUUCUCGAGACUUGUGGGCACUACUUCGGUCGAGGUUCAUCAAAGAGGAAAUUAGAUCGAUUUUUGAUUCAUUUUCAACGAUACAUACUUGCUAAAGGUUCACUUCCUCUCGAUAUUGAAUUUGACUUGCAGGACUUGUUUGCUGAUUUACGCCCCAACAUGACUCGUUAUUCAACCAUUGAAGAAGUUGACGGUGCGUUGGUUCAGCUUGAUGAGAACGAACGCACCGAUAAAGUUAGCGGUGAGAAGCAUACGGACCAUGAAAAAUUAACAAGCAUGUCUUCUGCAUCUGGAAGGUUAUCGGACCUAUCGGUCAAUGGUCAAACGGUUGUAAAUGGUAUUGAAGAAAAUGGCGGGACCCAUGAAGAAAGUAAUCGGGAAUACGACAGUGCGUCUCAGGGUAGCACAAUGGAUCCCGAUGAUGAUGAAGAGCUUGAUGACGAUGCGUGUGAGAGUGAUUAUGAUGACGAUGCUCAUGCGUCUGACGAGGAUGAUGAAAUUCAUGUUCGGCAGAAAGUCAUGCUAGUGGACCCCGAGGAAGAAGCUGAAUUCGAUAGAGAAUUUAGGGCCCUGAUGCAGGAAAGCUUGGAAUCAAGGAAACUGGAGUUGCGGGCCCGGCCAACGCUAAACAUGAUGAUACCGAUGAAUGUUUUCGAGGGGUCCACAAGAGAUCACCAUGGAAGGGUGAGUGAAGGAGAAAGUGGUGACGAGGCAACAGACUACGAGUCCGGAGGACGGAAGGACGUGAAGGUCAAAGUCCUGGUCAAACGAGGGAGCAAACAACAAACAAAACAAAUGCUUAUACCGAGUGACUGCUCGCUUGUGCAGAGCACAAAACAGAAGGAAGCGGCUGAGUUGGAAGAGAAACAAGAUAUUAAAAGACUCGUUUUAGAAUACAAUGAUAGAGAAGAAGAGGAACUUAAUGCGUUGGGAAAUCUUCCGGUCGGUUGGAGUCAAAGUGGCGGUGGUAGGGUUGUCUAUAGAGGCCAUACGUGGGAUGGUCAUGGCGGGAGAUCUGGGUCCCGCCAUAGGUACCCACAUCAUUCAGGCGGUGGAUACUAUUAUAGCCGAAGAAAGUGAAUAUUUUAGCCAUUAACCACGAUGAGUCGAAUAUUGGCACCAUGAGUCUCCGGUUAUACCUGACAGUUGUGCUCUUGUGGGCUUAUUGGUUCGAGUCUUUUAGGUGUGUUUUCUGUCAAUACAAUACACGACGCUGAUGUUUUAUCAAAUGAACCACUUAGUUAAAGUAGUUAAGUAACCGGUUCGGAUCCAACCGGCCGGUCCGGUUUAUAAAACAUUACAAACAAAAAAUAUAGUGAUUUUUACAUA